CCAGCUAGUCAUUUCACCGGGCUGGGUCGGUGCGCCCCGAGGCUUGGGUCGCGGGCUGGGGGUGGGGCUGGGCGGGUACCGCUUCCCAGGCGGUUUUCCGGAACGGAAGUGGGAAGGACUGGGAGGCCAGGACCCUUCUCUGCGCCUCUGAACUAUUAGUGACCCCCCAGGAACGCGGUGUCCGUCAGGGUCCUGCGGCGCCGCGCGCUCUCCAGGCACCCGGCCCCGGGCGUACUUGACCCCGAGGAGACUGAAGUCCCACCUCACCCGGGGCCAGGGGCCGUGGCGCUACGCUGAGCCCGCGACACCCGCCUCGGUGACCCGUCUCUGAGGGCGCCUGCGUCCAGGGGCUGCAAUGGCUGCGGCGGCGCUGAUGGACACGGCGCAGGGCUAUGUGACCUUUGAGGACGUGACCAUUUACUUCUCCCCAGAGGAGUGGGGACUCCUUGAUGAGGCUCAGAGACUCCUGUACUGUGAUGUGAUGCUGGAGAACUUUGCACUGAUCGCCUCCCUUGGACUUGCAUCUUUCAGGUCUCACAUAGUUGCCCAGCUGGAGAUGGGGGAAGAGCCCUGGGUGCCUGACCGAGUGGAUAUGACUUCAGCCAUGGCAAGAGGGAUGUAUAGAGGGCUUGGCUCAGAUUUUUACUGUGGAACAGAGGGUGAGAAAUCACCUGCUGAGCUCAGUGUUUCUGUAGAAGUGUCACAGAACAUGAAAUCCAAGGCAGUUCCAUCCACCCCGAAGGGCUACCCCUGUAACCUGUGUGGCCUACACUUGAAAGACAUUCUAUAUCUGGCUGAACAUCAGGCAACACAUUCCAAGAAGAAACCACACAUGCGUGAGGCACAUAGGAAAGAGUUCAAGUUCAAUGCUGACUUUCACCAGCCACAGAUGCAGCAGAAUGUGGACAAGUCUGUUGGAAGGAAUGAAGGCAGGGCCUUGCUUGUGAAGAGCUUCAGAUAUGACACAUCAAAGAAAUCUUUCACAUUCAAGGAGGAUGGGAAGGCCUCUGUGGCCAGAUGUGGUUUUCGGCAGCAUCAGGUCACUACCAGUGUGGGGGAGCCAGAGCAGAGCUCUGAAAGUGUGGUGGAUUUUCCUACUGUGCAACUCCAUAAGAAGUACAGUAAAUCUGAGAAUGCUCUCAGUGACAAACUUUCGCUUGUUCAGCAGAGAACCCACACUGGAGAAAGGUCUUAUGAGUGCAACAAAUGUGGGAUAUUCUUCAGCUAUGCUGCUGGCCUCUUUCAACACCAGAGAGAUCAUAAUCGAGGAAAGCCUUAUGAGUGUGACGAAUGUGGGAAAUUCUUCAGCCAGCACUCCAGUCUCAUCAAACAUCAGAGAGUUCACACUGGUGAAAGUCCUCACGUGUGCAGCGAGUGUGGCAAAUUCUUUAGUCGAAGUUCUAAUCUUAUUCAACAUAAGAGGGUUCACACUGGAGAAAAGCCUUAUGAAUGCAGUGAGUGUGGGAAGUUCUUCAGGCAACGCUCGAACCUUAUUCAUCAUAAGAGGGUUCAUACUGGUAAAAGUGCUCAUGAGUGCAGUGAGUGUGGAAAAUCCUUCAACUGCAACUCCAGCCUAAUUAAACACUGGAGAGUUCACACUGGAGAAAAACCUUACAAGUGCAAUGAAUGUGGGAAAUUCUUCAGCCGCUUUGAUGGACUUGUUCAACAUCAGAUAGUUCAUUCAGGUGAACGACCGUACAGAUGCAACGUAUGUGGGAAAGCCUUCCGCCGGAGCUCUGACCUCAUGAAUCAUCAGCGAGUCCACACUGGUGAAAGACCUUAUGAGUGCGGUGAAUGUGGGAAAACCUUCAGACGAAGUUCUAAUCUGAGGCAGCACCGGAAAGUUCAUAAACCAGAUAAGCCAUAUAAAUGCAAUGAAUGUGGAAAAGCCUUCAGCCAAAGGUCUACUCUCAUCCAGCAUCAGAAAAUUCACGCUAGAGAAAAGAGUACAGAGGAUGUUCUCCCUCCUUCUUCAGCACAACAGCACCUCCUAGAGAUGAACUCUGAGAGUGGUCUAUAUGAAGGAGCUGUCAGCCAGAAGUUAAACCUUGUUCAUCCAAAUAUCUACACUGGAGAGAUUCCCAAUGGAUGCUAAAUAAAUUGGAAGCUUUCUGGAGAAAGGCUACAUUUUCUGAUCCCAAA